CUCCGAUCCUUUUCCGGCAGCAUUAUCUCAUUGCUGCGAUAUAGCAGCACUACCCGCCCAGGAUGACGCUCUUCAUCCUUACCGAGACGUCGGCUGGAUAUGCGCUGCUCAAGGCCAAGGACAAGAAAUUGCUGAAGCGGGAUGAUUUGGCGAAGGAGGCCGAGACGGCCGAGGGCGUCUGCAGUCUCCUCAAGAUGAAGCAGUUCCACAAGUUUGAGAGUGCUGCUUCAGCGCUGGAGGAGGCUGCGGCGUUGACGGAGGGAAAGGUCACACCAACACUCGCCAAUAUGCUCGGAAACAUCAAGGACGAGAAGAAAAUCUCGCUCGCUGUCGCCGACCCGAAACUCGGCAAUGCCAUCACCAAACUCCCCGGUCUUCAGAUCUCGCCGAUUUCCGACUCCACCACGCAAGACUUGUUCCGUGCUAUCAAAGAGCACCUUCCGUCCUUGAUUCCUGGCCUCAUGCCGGAAGAUCUUAGCACGAUGUCGCUCGGUCUCUCUCACAGCUUGUCCCGACACAAGCUGAAGUUUUCUCCGGACAAGGUGGAUACCAUGAUCAUUCAAGCGAUUGCCCUGCUUGACGAUCUGGACAAAGAGCUGAACACAUACGCAAUGAGAGUCAAGGAGUGGUACGGAUGGCAUUUCCCUGAGAUGGCGCGCAUUAUCAACGACAACUUGGCAUACUCUCGCGUUAUUCUUUCAAUGGGCAUGCGAACAAACGCCGGCAACACCGACCUUUCAGACAUCCUUCCCGAGGAGAUCGAGGGUGCUGUCAAGGCUGCUGCUGAGGUAUCCAUGGGUACUGAGAUCACCGAUGAGGAUUUGGAGAACAUUCAGGCCCUGGCCGAACAAGUCGCUGGCUUCACCGAGUACCGCCAACAGCUCUCAUCCUACCUUUCCGCUCGCAUGCAGGCAAUCGCACCAAACCUCACAGCAUUGGUCGGUGACCUGGUCGGCGCUCGUCUUAUCGCACACGCAGGCUCUUUGAUGAGCUUGGCCAAGUCUCCAGCCUCCACUGUUCAAAUCCUCGGUGCUGAGAAGGCGCUGUUCCGCGCAUUGAAGACCAAGCACGAUACGCCCAAGUACGGUUUGAUUUACCACGCCAGCCUUAUCGGACAAGCCUCUGGCAAGAACAAGGGCAAAAUUGCGCGUAUGCUCGCGACCAAGGCGACCCUCGGUAUCCGUGUCGAUGCGCUCAGCGAUUGGGCACAAGGUGGUAAAGGCGUGGAGGAAGAGCCAACAGAGGAGGAGAAGUCGAGCGUCGGAAACUCUGGCCGUCUCAUGGUUGAGAGGAGGUUAAGAGCAUUGGAGGGCAAGCCGAUCAAGAUGAACAACGUUGCCAUUGGCCCAGGCGGACAGCAACAACCACCCAAGUGGGAGAUCAAGGAGGCAAGAAAGUACAAUCCAGACGCCGAUGGUCUCGCGGAGAACGCACCAGCGCCCGCGCUUACCAACGGUGAUGCGCCUUCAUCCAGCAAGAAGCGCAAGCUUGUAGAAGAAGUCCCCGCAAAGGGAGGUGCCGCUGAAGACUCUGAUGAAGACAGCGAAGACGAUGUCGACGACACCACAAUGCUCAAUGGAUCGACCAAAUCCUCCAAGAAGGAAGACAAGUUGAAGACAAAAGAGACAAAAGAGGAGAAGCACGCACGAAAAGCCGCCAAAGCCGCACGCAAAGCAGAGAAGGAAGCCAAGAAGGCCGCAAAAGAGAGCAAGAAGCGAAAGAACGAUGAUGGCGACAGCGCCGAGCCGAAGAAGUCGAAGAAGCAGAAGAGCAAGGCAUAGAAGUCGGUUUUGUGCGUGAUUCUGAUCUUCGGCUUGCUUUUUGUCGGUUUCGAUGCAUUGUAUGGACGGUGGGCUUUGGCGUUUUCGGAAGACGGUCGGCGAGCACCAAGUCUGGCGCUCGGGGCGUUGGUGGUUGU